ACUAUAUCUAUCGGCGACAGCAGGAAGGACAAUCUCAACAGCAAUUACUUCUGUGGAAACUUUUACCAACAAACGCAAACCACCUUUAAAUAAAUGAGCGAUCGUUUAUCUAGGGAGUCGAUAGAGAUGUGGAGUUUUCUUUUAUUGUGUUAGAUACUGAGAGACUCUCAACGAUUCAGGCAACAUGGAUCAUCAGCUUUGUUUACAUGGUAAAACAGCUGAUCAGCUAACCUUAGCAGCUUAGCUUGGUAAAAUCGAGUCAUAUGAGCUGUUAAUUAUCCAACAACUUUGUCCUCAUGAAUGAAACUUGACACUGCGGGAAGAGCUAACGUAUAUGUGCAGUAGUGGAGGAUUGUCUCAAGUCGCGGCGAGCCGUUGAAAGUGUUAACAAUGCGAAGCUAACGUGUAAAUGUGUCGAGCGUUAGCAGCGUUUUCUGGACGAAUUAAGUUGUGUUGUUUCUGAGCCUGAGGCCAGUUUUAAAGGCCUCACAGCGUCUUCAUGUCAAGAUGCCUUGUUCCUGUGGGAACUGGAGAAGAUGGAUUCGGCCGCUGGUCGUUGUGCUGUACAUUUUGUUGCUGUUAGUCGUCCUGCCACUGUGCAUCUGGGAACUGCAGAAGUCAGAGGUUGGCACGCAUAAUAAAGCAUGGUUCAUCGCUGGGAUAUUUGUCUUCAUGACCAUACCUAUAUCAUUAUGGGGCAUUCUCCAGCAUCUGGUUCACUACACUCAACCAGAGCUUCAGAAACCUAUCAUUAGGAUAUUAUGGAUGGUCCCAAUCUACAGCUUGGAUAGUUGGAUUGCACUGAAAUACCCCGGUAUAGCAAUUUAUGUGGACACCUGCAGAGAGUGCUAUGAGGCCUAUGUCAUCUACAACUUCAUGACCUUCUUGCUUAACUACCUGGAAAAUCAGUACCCAAGCCUUGUGUUGAUGCUGGAGGUUCAGGAGCAGCAGAAACACUUGCCUCCUCUCUGCUGCUGCCCACCAUGGCCAAUGGGAGAGGUUUUACUGUUGAGAUGCAAACUGGGAGUUUUGCAGUACACAGUUGUAAGACCUGUUACAACAGUGAUUGCCUUGAUCUGUCAGCUGUGUGGAGUGUAUGAUGAAGGGAACUUCAGUUCAAAAAAUGCAUGGACGUACCUGGUCAUCUUCAAUAAUAUGUCACAGCUGUUUGCCAUGUACUGCCUGGUGCUGUUCUACAGGGCCUUGAGGGAGGAGCUGAGCCCAAUCAAACCUGUGGGCAAAUUCCUGUGUGUUAAAAUGGUGGUGUUCGUCUCUUUCUGGCAAGCUGUGGUCAUUGCUUUACUGGUGAAAGUGGGCAUUAUCUCAGAGAAACGUACAUGGGACUGGCAAAGUGUGGAGGCUGUUGCGACUGGCUUACAGGAUUUCAUCAUAUGUGUGGAGAUGUUUCUAGCAGCCAUUGCCCAUCACUUCAGCUUCACCUACAAACCCUACAUCCAGGAGGCUGAGGAGGGCUCUUGCUUUGACUCUUUCUUGGCAAUGUGGGACAUCUCUGAUGUCAGAGCAGACAUUUCUGAACAAGUCCGCAAUGUUGGGAGAACAGUAAUGGGUCGUCCAAGGAAGUCUUACUUCGGCGAAGCACAGAAUGAUGGUGAGAGAUCCGGCUUGCUCUCGUCGGGCUCCCAAGAUGUCAUCACUGAGGCAGCAUCCAACCCACUUUCACCCAACGGUCAGUACCAGGGCCUGGGGAGAACCCUCACACCGCACUCUUUGUCAGCUCCUGCUGGGCUCAGCUCAGCUCCCUGGGAUGAAGGAUAUGAGGCUCAACCCGAAGAAACCCAAGAAGAAGAAAGGACCAACCAAACCAAAGAACCAACAGAGGCAGAUAUCCUGGUGAUCACCUAGCCCAUCCUCAAGGCUGAUGUCACCAACAGACUCUACCAGACAUGGCUGGGCAGGACCCAAUUACAGCCUUGCUAUUGUCCUUCAGACAUUACUGAUGCAACAUUAAACAAAACUGUUGUUUAAAAGGGCACAUCCACCAAGUAAUUGUAGACAUUUGCCUACAAAGGCAAAACCAGAUGGACCUCUCUGCUAGUGACAGCUCAGAAUGUUCAGUGACGUUAUGGCUAAAUGACUGAGGGAUUUGUGGUUAACAAGCAUUUUUAUGCAGUUUUGUUGUACCAAGGAGUUAUAUUGCUCAGAAAGCUAUUCUAUAAUGUUUUUUUAUCCACUAUUAUUGGGAAAGACUUGUGGUCAGUUAUGUGUGUCCCAAAGAGCACACCUUUAUUCAAAGAACCCAAUAUUUCUGUUGUCGUGUUCCUUAAGAUGAGAAUCUACCUGAAACCUCCUGAAGUCUGAGUAAAGCAUGAAGACGUAUGCUUUCCAAGUAGGAAAUUAUUACACAAUUUUAUGUGUCAGCUCAGUCAUAUUUCAAUCUCAAAUGCGAUAAAUGAUAAAAAGAAAUAUGCAGCCCAUAAAAUACAAAUGUUAAUUUCACGUUGUAUCUCGCUUUGCAGGGAUUUUGGAAGAUCUUGACUGAAGUGAGUUAUCACAAACUUACUAUACUAAAGCACAUUAGAUGUCCAGAAUUAUCUUUUUUUUUUUUGUCUUAAGCUGUAGAAGCUAUUUAUCCCCAAGAGAAGGGAUGAAAAGAGCAGAAGCAACGAGACGUUGAGAUGCACAGUGAAGACAAAUCAGUGGAAAAAUUAGCCUGAGAUAAGUAGGUUAGAGCUAAUUCCUGCUGAGAGAUGUGUCCUGACAGACUCUGUGGCAUCACUACAGUGUCAGGAUUAAUACGGUGUCUUUCCUAAGGGUUUGAGUGAAUACUAUAAGUACAGUCCAAGUAUUAAAAUAACAUACGCAAUUCAGUCUGAAACUGUACAAUCAGCACGUUCAAGUAAAUUCCUAUCAGUGCUUUACUGCAUAUAGCUCACUCUAUAGUGAUUAAUAAAAACAUUGUCACUAGUCUUCUCAGAUGCCUUGUUCUAUGUGCCAUGGAACUAAUCUAUCCACUACAUUAAUUCAGCAUUUAUAUUCCUCGAUCAGUUGUAUUUGAUGAGAAGUUUUCCACCCUUUUUAGCCUUUAAGCUGGAAUAACUUUGCAGCUAAUCACCUAAGCCAUUUAUUUUUCCGAGCUGAUUUGUCAUUGUAACUUACGUUGAUAUGUGCAGGGAUAUUGACAUGUUUAACAUACAGUGUAGAAUAUCAGGUUGAUGUGUCAGUAAAUACAUAAAUGUAUCAUAUCAACAGGUUAAUCUGAAUCAUGUCCAGCCAGAACAUGUUGCAUUGCCUUAUGCAUAUUUUUUUUUUUUUUUUAAAUAAAACUGACAGGAUUACAUCAAAGCUGAUGUAAUUGUUUGACAUUUCAAUUUAAAUCCAUCUCUGACAGUCUCUUCAAUAAAUCAGAUUAACUGCA